AUGGAGAAAACAAUUUUUGUACUGGUGCUUUUUGCGCAUUUUUGUCAUGGCGUUAUUUACAGGUUAAAUGGCACAAUGUACUACAAAAUGCCGCCAGUAUUUCAGUUUGAAGACUAUGCGCCAUGUAUGAGUGAGCCGAACGGUGUGUACUGCAUGACGAAAUUCGCACUUGUUUCGGAUACUAACAGUGAGCUUUUAAAUAUGAUUCACAACUUUUCUGAACAUCGAGUCAGACACUACAACCAUUCGAAACUUCAUUACGGAGUGUGCCUUACAAAAACAUGUGUGAGAUAUUAUUAUAAUGGAGAUGAAAAACGGGACAUAAGAAUAGCCCUUGAGGGAUGCUUAAACGAUACAUUUUGGAAAAAAUAUAAGUUGAAAACGAAAAUAUUGGAAGUCGUAAAUUACGAUAAUGUAGAUAAUAAAUUAAAUAUAUGUUACGGAGACUACGUAAUAGCUAUUCUUUGUUUUGCUCUGUUGAUGACGAAUCUUAUUGGAAGCCUUUACGAUAUAUUCUAUAUAGAAAAAAGAGGAAAACAAGGCAACAAGGUUCUUCUAGCUUUCUCUAUUAAGAGAAAUUGGGAAAAAUUGAUCGCCCCUGAUUCCGAUAACCCUCGUUUUAAGCGCUUAAAAGUAUUCCAUGGUGUCAGGACUAUAACAAUGGCUUUGGUAAUAAUGGCACAUUCUUUUAUGCCAUUCACUCAUAUUCCAAAAAACACACGAGACCUUGAAGCGAUCUACGACAGUCUGUCAUACCACACAUUCAUAAACGGCACACUCAUUGUUCAGGUUUUCUUCCUAAUGUCUGGUUUCUUGUUGGCCUUCAAUGUGCAGAUGAAAUCGGAGAAGCUGAAAUUUACCUGGGCCAUGAUACCAAUUGAAAUUUGCAGGAGGUGGUUGAGGCUAACUCCUGUAUACGCGGUAGUGUUGGCUAUCACAUCUACUUGGUUACGAUUCGUCGGAUUCGGUCCGAUGUGGAAUGAGGCGGUAGUUAAUGAAGCCGAAGACUGCCGUCGCUUCGCUUGGCAGAACUUGCUUUAUAUUAGCAACUAUUUCGACGACACACUAUGCAUGUCACAUGCUUGGUACUUAGCAGCUGACAUGCAACUAUACUGCAUUGGUAUCUUUUUCUGCUUGAUGGUGACAAAUAGCACUGUUAGAAAAGUAGUACUGUCUCUACUGUUUGCAGCUGGUGUAAUAAUUCCUGCUGUUGUAACCUAUGUGAAGGAUCUAGACGCUGUUCUUAUAGUUUCGCCCGAAACAUCUCUCAACUUUAUCAAGAAUCCAACUUACAAUUAUGUCUAUAAGCGUGGGCACACCAAUUUGGCAGGUUUCAUUAUCGGCCUAAGCAUGGGAUACAUUACUUAUCAUUUAUUGCGCACCAACUUUAAUGUCGAGAAGUAUAAGAAACAUCUGUGGAUAUACCAACUAUUAUUCCCCACCGCGCUUCUAACGAUAUGGUUGGGAAGUAUAUUUUACCGCGACGCUCCUCGUGACUCCAUCUAUAUCAGGGCCCUGUACGCUGGUAUCGUGAAACCUGUUUUCACUUUGUUGGUGGCGUUAUUUAUACUGGGAGCUAUAUUCAAAUGUGACAAAAUAAAUCGAAGUACUUUAGAGUGGCGCGGGUGGGUCACACCAGCCCGGCUGUCCUACAGUGCGUUUGUUCUACACGUCUUAGUCAUCCGUACAUACGUCGGCACUUUCCAAACCACGACGAAUGCGUUUUUCCUUCAUUUUGUUUAUACUAGCAUAUCCAUGGUGAUGGCGACCUUCCUCCUUACAAUACCGUUAUGGCUAAUAGUGGAAGCACCAGCGAAUGAACUGUUAAAAAUGACUUUUUCACUACUCAUUGGCGCUCAGGAGAUGAAGAAGACUGAUGCAGAUAUAACAAUGAAAUUCGAAGUCGCUGAUUAA